UGUCAUUGCGUCCCUUGUGCACCACAGAAAAAAGGAAACUCUACUCCAUAGUCUUUUUUCCCCUUUAAUCCAUUGCAAGUCACAAUUACUCUCCACUUUCAGAAAAGCAAAGACAAGAAAUUACUCCAUUGUUAAAGCACCAGCACCCAACACACUCAAACACACAGCCUUCAUUUUUCUUUUCACAAUUUCACCCACGCUUGUCAUCAUCAAUUUUUUAUCAACUCCUUUAGAAUCCUUCAAUUUUUCCCUCUUUUCCUCAGCUUCUUGAUUACUCAGAACUUUACUCUUUUUACUCAAUUUAUGAGCUGAGUAACAGUUUCUUGAAUACUCAUAAACAGCCAUUUUCCUCUAAAUGUUUCAGAAAAUUUCAUCUUUUCUUCAAAAUCUUUGAGCUCAAAAGAGUUUCUUGAAAUGCUUCAGUUGUUCCCUCUUUUCCUCAGCUUCUUGAUUACUCAAAAGUUAUUUUUUUCUCUUUUUCUCAAUUUAUGAGCUAAGGAACAGUUUCUUGAAUACUCAUAAAUAGCUAUUUUCCUUUAAAUGCUUCAAAAAAAAUUCAUUUUUUCUUCAAUCUUUGAGCUCAAAAGAGUUUCUUGAAAUACUUCAAUUGUUCCCUCUUUUCCGCUGCCUCUGAUCUGAGAAUCAGCUUCUUGAAUACUCAAAAACAGUCAUUUUUUCUUUUUCCCCUCAAUUUAUGAGCUAAGGAGCAGUUUCUUGAAGCCAUUUUCCUUUAUAUGCUUCAAAAAUUCCAUCUUUUCUUCAAUCUUUAAGCUCAAAAGAAUUUCUUGAAAUGCUUCAAAAGUUCCAUCUUUUUCUCAUUCUGUGCUGAAAGACAACUUCUUUUUUUUGAUAAGGGGUACUUGAAACGUGUCAAACUUUUAAUGCAGAACAUCAAGAAUGCUACAAUUUGUCCUUGUUUUCUCAAUCUGUGAGCUGAAAGACAGUUUUUUGGGUAAUGGGUACUGAAAAAUAUUCAACUUUUAAUAAUUCUCAUCUUGAAUUUUGAUGAAUUUUCUUAAAUUCUUCAAUUGCUUCAUCUUUUUUCUCAAUCUGUAAACAGAAAGAUAGUUUUUUUUUGGUUGAAAAAUGCCUAAUCUUGGAGCUAAUAAAGCUGAGACAGAGGGAAAUGGUAGUGCCCAGAAUGGUGGUUCCCGCCGUCAUCGCCGCCGUCGACAACGCCGGAGGCCAUCCAUGGCGGCUAGCAGCGAGACAACCACUACUGAUGGGAGUUUUCACUUCACUGAUUCUGAUUCCGACCAAUCUUGGCACUCACCUUUAGGCUCUAUGGAUGAUAUUUCAGUACAUUGUGAUCAACAGCCACUGAGGAGGGACAAGAAGCAAAGAGGGUCUCUUUCUUUGUCAGAUGAUGAGAUUGAUUUGGAGAGUGGUGAAUUGGAGAUGAAAUUGCAUAAUAAAGAAGAGAGGGAUUGUAGGAUUUGUCAUUUGAGUUUGUUGAAAAGUGGAGGGAUUAGUAGUGGUGGAGACCAAGUAAAAGAGACUUCAGGAGGGAUGGCUAUUGAAUUAGGAUGUUCUUGCAAAGGUGACUUGGGUGCUGCUCACAAACAAUGUGCUGAGACUUGGUUCAAAACCAAGGGAAACACAAUUUGUGAAAUCUGUGGUACCAAUGCACUGAACAUUGUUGGAGAGCAAAUGACCGAAGCCAAUAAUACUACAGGAGCCACUCUUGCAGCGUCCGCAGCACCUGUAGCCCUUUCUGAAACCCGAGGCUUUUGGCAUGGGCGCCGUGUCAUGAAUUUUCUACUUGCAUCCAUGGUUUUUGCCUUUGUCAUCUCAUGGCUUUUUCACUUCAAUAUAUUGCCCUAGAUGCUUCUGAAGAUCGUCCUGGCAGAAAUGACGUGGUCUGUAUUAUGAGGAUUCAGCAUAAAUUAACUAAGCUUAUACUCCGGUUGUCAACCUACAGCAACACUCCUCCUUUAUUCGGGCUUAGACUUGCAGAAAUGUUUUCUUAACUCGCAACAAGAGCUCCACCUCCGGUAACUUCUGAUGUCGAGCUACAUCUAGGAAGAGGAAUAUUCAGAUAUUAUCUUAGUUACCUGGGUUUAUGAAAGAUUGAAAGGUGAUCUGGUAUCCAGUAUAGGCCAUGUUGUAAACAUGUAGAGGAUAUAGGGUUUCAGCCAUUAACUUCUCAAUCUUGUUUGCGAUGAUGAUUGUUGGCUAGAUUAGAAGAUAGUUUUGUUCAUCAAAUACCUUGAUGAAUUUUGAAGUUAUUCCAGUUAAUGUAUGUAAGUAUGUAUAAAAGUAUGUCGAUGAAGCAGUAGUAUUCUGUUGUAUAUCAUCCUUGAAAAUUCUGUACAAAUCUCUCUUGGCUGCUGCAAUUGUGUUGGCAUCAAAAUGUUUUCUUUGAUAA